AUGAUUCUGGCUCCUCAGCCUUCAUCCCAGACAGCAAAAGAGCGUCAAACAGCCGCGGAACCGCGAGACAUCGUGUUGAAAAAUGCCCAGCACUUCGGCGCUAACGUCAAGCAGGCAAAGACGGCUACCCACGUGAAGCUGGAAGAGGUCCUGCUGACGUGGUUUCGCGAAGUCACAGCAGCUGGCGUCAACGUGGACGGCAAGGUGAUACGUGAAAAGGCGGACAACAUUGCGCUUUCCCUUGGCAUCGAGGACUUUCAAGCUUCUGGCGGGUGGCUGCACCGUUUCAAAGAAAGGCACGGACUAGUGUACAAAGUUGUUAGCGGUGAAGCUAAGAAAGUGGACGAGUCACAGGUCAGCGACUGGUUGAACACACUGCCGGCGCUCAUUUCGGACUACGCUCCGCGCAACGUGUUCAACGCUGAUGAGGCCGGACUAUUUUUCAACCUGCAGCCGGAGCGAAGCUUGUGCAUGAAAGGCCAGGCCUGCCAUGGUAGCCAGAAAAGUAAAGAACGGGUCACCGUGCUAUUUUGUACAAAUGCCGACGGUUCGGAGAAAAUUCAGCUUACCGUCAUUGGCAAAUCGAAACAGCCAAGGUGCUUCCGAUCCGCAGGACGUUUGCCUUGCCUGUAUAAAGGAAAUAAGAAAGCUUGGAUGACUGCUGAUUUUUUCCGCGAGUUCCUUACAACUUUGGACCGGAAAAUGGGGGCCAAAAAUAGAAAAAUUUUGCUCUUCGUCGACCAGUGUUCGGCUCAUCCGAAGGACUGCAACUUUACCAAUGUCACCGUAAGGUUCCUGCCCGCGAACACCACAAGCCGUCUGCAGUCGCUGGACGCGGGCAUAAUUAGAAACGUGAAGCACCAUUUCAAAGGGUUGCUUGUGCGGAGGCUCCUGGCGAAAAUCGAGCGCAAGGAAGAAAACUUGAAGAUCAGUCUGCUCAACGCAUUACAUUUCUUGGCCAUGUCCUGGGACAAUGUCACCCAGGACACGAUCGCGAACUGUUUUCGCAAGUGUGGUUUUUUUGCGGGGCAGGGUGCAGCUCUGAUGGAAGAAGACGAAGAGCCGGACGCCGAUUUGCACAUCGAGGGUUGGGAGGACCUUGGGACUCAAGCUUCGGCGCAAGACUUCGUCACCGCGGACGACAACGUCGCGACCUGUGGGCUGUGA